CGAAGCGUGCCAACCUCCAGCAAGAAGCGCAGAGUGAGACCUCUUCAAAUUAUUCCCCUCCUCUUGACGGAUAUCUAUACAUUGUUUUGUAACCACGGCUUCAAAGGUGGACAACGUUUUGUCCUCUCUAUCCCUGCAUUUCUUCAAGAAAGAAAUGGAAGAGGGCUCCAGUUCUCCGGUCUCCCCUGUGGAUAGUCUGGUGACCAGCGAGGAGGAGCUGGACAGACAGCAGAAACGCUUCGCGAGGAAGAGGAGACACAGUAAAAAAUCCAGCGAGGACAGCAGCGGCGGCAGCAGCCCGGGUCCGGGGAAGCGGGGGAAAAAACCGAGUCCGAGCAGCACCCAGUCUUACGAGGAGCUGCAGAACCAGCGGGUCCUGGCCAACGUCCGGGAGCGCCAACGGACUCAGUCUCUGAACGAGGCCUUUGCGUCUUUGCGCAAGAUUAUCCCCACGCUUCCCUCGGACAAACUGAGCAAGAUACAGACGCUGAAGCUCGCGUCCAGGUACAUUGAUUUCCUCUGUCAGGUGCUGCAGAGCGACGAGAUGGACAGCAAGAUGUCCAGCUGCAGCUACGUUGCGCACGAAAGACUCAGUUACGCCUUCUCCGUGUGGAGGAUGGAGGGCGCUUGGUCUAUGUCAGCGUCCCACUAGCAGCCAGAGACCUUCACCUACUAUGCCAAAGCGACUGUUUACUUCUACAAAGUAUGAAGACCAAAGGUAUUAUUGAAGAACCCAUCGACCUCAAAGGCGUGGCGGAG